AUGAAAGAGAAGGAUGUCUUCACAUUCCUUGCAGCAGGAGCCCACAUCGGUGGCGCCAACUUGACCUCCAAAUGGAACAGUACAUCUAUAAAAGGAAAAGUGAUGGCAUCUACAUCAUUUCUCCCAGGAAGAGAACCUGGGAGAAAUUUCUGCUCUCAGCUUAAGCCACUGUUGCCAUGGAAAACCCAGCUGAUGUCAGUUGUCACAUCCUCCAGGACUACUGGCCAGGGGGCGGUGCUGAACUUCACUGCUGCCACUGGAUCCACUCCUACCGUUGGCCGCUUCACUCCCGGAACCCUCACUAACGAGAUCUCGCCUUCAAGGAGCCGAAACUUCUGGUGGCUACCGAUCCCAGGGCUGUCCUCCAGCCUCUCAGCACAGACGCCGUAUGUUAACCUGCCUACCACUGCUCUCUAUGAUACAGACUCUCCUCUGUGCAAUGCAGACCCUGCCAUCCCUUGCAACAUCAGGGAGAUCGCUCAGCAGAUCUGGUGCGCUGAGUGCCGGCCGGGAAGUUUAGUGCCGUGCCUGGCAUUGUCUCCUUUGAACCACCUGUGGGUGGUCAUGCCUGAUGUCUACUUCCACGGAGAUCCUGAAGUGGUGGAGAAGGAAGAGCAGGCAGCUGCUGAGAAGGCCAGGACCAAGGAGGAAUUUCAGGGCGAAUGGACUGUUCCAGCUCCCUGGUUUACUGCUACUCAACCCAAGGUCACAGACUGGUCCGACGCCGCAGGUGCCCUCUGGGCCUGUCCACUGCUGCAGCCUGCAGCGUUCGGCCUGCCAUGA